AUGGCAUCCACAGGGACAGGGACUUCAGUUCUCGACGAUGUGCGUAUUCUUGAGGUGGGCGGCGUUCUUGGCGGAUGGUGCGGCAAGCUGCUGGCGGAUAUGGGUGCGAACGUCACCAAGGUGGAGCCGCCAGAGGGGGAUGAGACGCGGGGGUAUCCGCCGUUCUACAAGGACGAGCCGGACAAGAAUCGCAGCCUGUAUUUCUGGCACUACAAUACGAACAAACAGAGCGUGACGCUGGACAUCGAAUCUGAUGUGGGGCGCGAUGUGUUCCUGCGGCUGGCGGUAGAGGCGGAUGUGAUAGUUGACAGUUGCGAGCCGAAGUACCUGGAUUCGCUUGGAUUGGGGUAUGACGAUGUUUCUCAAGUGUCGCCAAGCAUCAUAUUUGCCGCUAUCAGUCCGUUCGGGCAGGAUGCGCCGUACAGCGAUUAUGCGGCGACGGACUUGACUGCCCUUGCUUUUGGGGGGCCUGUGUGGAGCAGCGGGUAUGACGACCACUCGAUUCCGCCGGUGCGAGGCGGGGGCAACCAAGCCUAUCACACGGUCUGCCACUUCGCGGCGAUCGGUGUGCUCACUGCGCUGGUGCAUCGGCAGUUCACGGGUGAGGGGCAGUUUAUCGAUGUGAACAUGCACGCGGCGCAGAAUGUGACGACCGAGGGUGCAGUGUAUCACUGGCUGGUGGCGGGCGACACGGUGCAGCGGCAGACGGGGCGGCAUUCCUCGCCGACUCCGACGGCGGAUGUGCAGAUGCUGUGCGGUGACGGCAGGUAUGUGAACAUCGGGUUUCCGGCGCGGACCGAGGAGCAGUGGUUUCACCUGCUGGCGUGGCUGGACGAGCACGGGCUUAUGGGGGAUCUGUCGAAGUACAUUACCCCGCCGAGCCGCGCUGCGAUCAUCAACCGUGACGCCGAUGCGAUACGGCAGAUGGCCGAGGUUAUGAGCGCGGUGAGCGAGUUGUGCCAAGCGAAUACGGCAUACGACAUAUUCGUGCGGGCGCAGGACCUGGGAUUUCAGUGGGGCAUUGUCUAUUCGCCGGAGGAGACGCUGGAGGACAGGCACUUCAAGGAGCGGGGGAUGCAGGUGGCUGUCGAGCAUCCGGAGCUUAGUGAGGAGUUCGUGUAUGUGGGCGCGCCAUACGAAUUCAAGGCGACGCCGUGGGGUAUCAGGCGACGGCCGCCGAUGCUCGGGGAGGAUAACGAGGCGGUGUUUGGGGAGAUCGGGAUUGGAGCGGACGAACUGGGAGUGAUGAGAGAGGCGGGGGUGGUUUAG